GCCAGUGUCACCUGACCUGUUCAGGUGACGGAUGGGAUUACCUAACCGUUUGCUCACCAGACAGCACGGUAGGCCUUCUGUUUACAUUUGAUUUAGGAAGAGACAACAAAUGCGUCACUAAAGCCUCUGGCAUGGACUUCCAUCUCAUGUAUUUAUCCUUCCAUAAUUUUGGUUCAUUUUCCUCACGUUAUGUUCACACAGUCGAAUUACUGAGAGAAAAAGGAGUUUUCUUAAUGACACACCGUGAUUAUGCACGCCUCCCUUUUGGAUACCAAAGGUGACCCACCCACUUGACAAACACAGUUAAACUCCCAACUCUAGGGACACCUGCUGGACGAUGUGCGCCCUUUGCUCACCUAUUAUUUCAAACUAUGCAGUAUGCGUUCAGGUGGUUGUUAAUCUAUAACAGUUCAUACACUCUUACGCUCACUACACUGCUUUUCCAAACAUGGGUCACAUAAUAAAUGGCAUUGCUUUGCGAACAGGAAGAAUCUCGUUAACGUUUAGGGGUGUGUUCUUCUGUACAGUGGCGCUCAGCUGACUGCUGCAUGGAUACAGAAGCGAUUAUUACAUCCGUGUGCCAUCUGUCUCCAGACAGUAGACACAAACUCUGCAGAACUAAGACUUCUUGAUCCACCUCACAGGUGGUUUAACGCUGGAGCUCUGGUUUAUGAAUCUACUGUGCUGCCUGUGAGGAGGUGGAGGACAGGGAGAGAGAGGCAUCAUGAUAGACCUGAGCCACCUCACGGACGAGGAACAGGAGAGGAUCCUGAAGGUGCUGAACAGAGACACAGAGCUCAAGAGACACGAGGAGGAGAGGGUCAGCAAUCUGCAGAAAUUACUGGAUCGGGGCAAGCAAUCGGAAACCAAACUCAAGUACCUCACAGGAGAAUGGUUUUAUGAGGCAAAGUCUCGGAGACACAAAGACAGGAUUCACGGGUCCGAAAUCAUACUGGCAUCCAUGAAACAGAGGAGAAAAAGCAACGUAGAUUUGACCCUGUCUACGGCAGAGGCCUCAGUAAAGCCCAGCUUAUCCAGUCCAAGAGUUUCUCACAGCCUAGCCCCCCCACCAAAACCUGCCAGACUCUUAGAUACACCCCUUCUUGUGAAGAAGAGAGUUCUGGAUGCAGAGAGCAACCAAACCCAGGCAGCAUCCCAGUCGCCAGGAAGGCCGAGACGCAACCCCUUUAAUCGUGCUUCCUUUAUUGUUGUGGAACCGAAUGAAAAGACGGAAGAACCUAUCGUCACUGGGGACCAGAGGGCUCAGAAGUCACCUGACACAGAACCCAUGGCUCCCUUGAAGGAUCCAACUGCAUGUCACUCGACACCAGGGGGCUCUCUCAGCUCUGAAGCGUCUUCUACAGGUGUCAGACCUGUGCCCAAGAUGAGAACAUUUGCCUCUAGGCGUAGCAGCACUUUGUCUAACAAUGCUCCUGGGCACGACCUUCCCGGAGACACAAAGGUCAUGGUCCCGGCACCAAGGUUGAGCCUCAAAUAUGCUUCCCAGAGCGUUGUGGCGAGCCCCUCCAGUGACAGAAGCGUGGAAUCACCUGCUCAGGGAACUGAAGCGUCUCAGGUGUCUCGGUUUUCCCCUCAUGUUGUUGCUGCUAAGUGUCUUCAGCGUCCCACUGAGGAGCUCCGUAAAGAGGAGCCAGCUGAAGAUUUGACAAAGAACAUUCCUUCUGUAACACCGGAAACUAAUAUCGCAAGCACCAAGCGUGAUGGGCCGAAUGCCAUCGGAAGAGUCAGCCCGAAAAAGACCAGGGAUGCAAAGCCAAAGGAAUAUGGGGACUCCCUCACUACCUCUCUGUCUACAAAUGAAACAAAGGAACCAGAGAGGUGGAAAGUCAGCAACGGUGGAUCAUCCAGUGCUUCAGCACCUAGAGAUGAAGAUCUAAGCAUGACGCAAAGCGUUGUGGAUCAACCUGUACGCUAUGACCUCAAUUUAAUUGAGAAGGCUUAUCAGCACACGGCUCCGUCGUCCGUUCCAAAGCCCAAAUUAUCCCAUCAGAUCUCCACUGCCAGUGAGGGGGAGGAGGGCUCCAUAGCCAAGGUCCUGGAGUGGUUCAGCCGCAGUACGGACAGCAAUGAUUGGCUGGACAUAGAGGACAGCCAACCCACCGUGAUUAACCUGGACAGGAAGGAGGAUGUCAAGGUAAAAGGAACCCUUGAAGACAGAAUGAGGGAUGAUCAUGGAUCUCACGUAGUCGAGAUGAAGAAAGAUCACUUAGUCAAGGAGUCAAAUGAAGUGAAGGAGAAUAUGGAAAAGAAAAGGGAGUCGAGAGUGGUGCGAGAAGAUGUGGAGAAGAAUGCAAGGCAAGAAGCAAAGGCGCUGAGCAUCGAGGACAAGGGAGAUGGAAAUUUGGCAGGCAAAAUAUCUAAUGCCAAGUUACCAGGUCCCAAAAUCCUCAAUAUCAUAUCAGACCGAGCGAUCAGUGACAAACGGCAGAAACCUGAAAUCCUCCAAAUGGAUGAACUGAGGCAAAAAGAAACAAAUGAUCAAAUAGUUGAACAUUUGGCUUCUGCCCCUGAGAGAGUAAAAUAUAAUAAAAGCACUUUCAAAGACAAAACGAAACAGACACCCACAUCUAACAGCCAAGGAGAGACAGAUUUCCUCACAAGUAGUGGGCAUAACAUCCAAACAGAGGAUAUUAAACACAAACAGCCAGAUCAAACAAAUAAGAAAGAUACCUCCAUCCAUCCCGAACCUCUGAUUUAUCCUUCACUCACAAACCAUAGAAAUAAGCCCAAUAACACUAAAAAGGAUCGGCCUAAUUAUGCAGCAGAUCUUUUAAUAUUACAAACAAACCCCGAAGUCCUCGACAGACGAGGUUCAGACAAUGACCUGCAGUCUGCUCUGAAAGCCUCUCAAUACAGAGCAAGCCCCCUACCAGACAAACCGUUAUUGACGUUAUUAUCAUCCUCUAUAACAACCCCACAGGAGGAUGAGUUCCUCAAGGCUCCACUAGAGACAACCCUGCAAAUGAAGGACAUUCCAGACCAUGACAAACUCCGUCAGGCGAUUCCCAGCCCGUCAAUGGAUUACAAGCGGAGUGGAGGCAAUGCGCUUUCAACCACUAAGCCGCAAACGAAGAGUCAUGGAAAUGAAGACACAAAAAGCAAAGUAAUUGAAGAUGGAGCUGUGAAAACAGGCAUGGCUCCUAAAAAAGACUUUAUGCAGAAUAGAGUCACUUCAAGACUCCCGCUCGGACGUCAGGAAAGCAAAGUAGAGAGGAUAAGGGAGCUUAAGUCAUUAUGGGAGAAGGAAAUGAACAAACAAGUGUUGUUGAAUGUUAAAUCCAAAGAUGGAGGUGAUGGCAAAAUGAUCUCUACUUCAAAUCUUUCUAAAUCUAAAAGAUUUUCAAAGUCUGAAUAUAACCUAAGGUCAAUGGGCAAGGAUACAGACAAUGACCUAGAAGAUUCCAAUGGGAAUAUGCUGAAUUUUACACAGAGACAGGAAACAUCAACCCCAAGUCUUGGCACAAAUAGCUCACAAUUUAACAAUCUCCGUGAAUUUUGGGGUAGUUCCAAUUUUAGUCGUAGGGGCUCGUUUAUGGCUGAAAAGGCCAAUACCCACAAAAAUAAAGAAAUCUUAGAUUCACAGUCCCUGAGUUCAGAGUUGCAGCCUUCUGCUGUCACAGAGAAGAGCAGCUUUAGACCAGCCCCACCUGCACAAUCAGGUCAGCCCAAAGACAACCGGAUUGAAUUGAAGGAAAAUCCUAGAGAGGAGGAAACCUCAACCAAGCUGCAAAGCAACGUUGGAAAGAAGAUACAGUCUCCCAAGGCGAGGACCGACAGUUUCGGCAACAUAAGCAGCCGUACAAGUGCCAUGCGCCGUUCCACCAGCAUGUUCUCGCUGAAUGUCAGCAAAGAACAAGACUGUGGUAAAAAGUCUCAAGAAGGAGUAAUGAGACAGAGUGCUGAUAAGUCUCAACACAGAAGGCAAAGCGACGGCAGAGUCUCAAGUACCCGGAGACCGUCGGUUAAUUCCGAAUCUCAAGCAUUGCGGGCUCGUGCGUUUGUUCCGCGAGACUAUCGGCAUUACCUCGGCAUGACCGAGAAGUCCAGCGUCCAUAACUCCCUUGCCCCGGUUGUGAGCGAACAGGGGUCAGACGGCAAGGCCUAUGACUUUGACCUGUGUGGUCCGGCAAGAGAGACUUCCCCGGUGGGCUCAGAGGAGCGUUAUGGCAGGACGGGAGGCAAAGCAUCCCAGCGGGUGAAUAACAGCAGUUCAGACACAGGAAGAGAAUCGUCUUUAAGCAGCACAGCAUCAGAAACCCGGAGCAACUCAAGGACCAGUUCCAAUUGGGAGAACGACAGCGAGGACCAAAACCCUGUGAAGAGAGCUCUCAGACGAGCUGAACUUAAAAAUAAGACCAAGAGCUUGGAGGACAUAACAUCAUUUGGCUCUUCUACAUGGCAAGAACGAAGACCAGAUCCAAGUGAUAUGAGACGAAGCAAGAAUGCCACAUCCGUCUCAACUGCUUCCACGGCCUCAUUCUCCGAUCCAGAUCAUAUGAAAAACAUGAGCAAAUCAGUGCCCUCUUUUCUCCAGAAGGAGCGGAGUGGCAGUGUGAUGACCAUGUACAGCGGGGACUUUGGCAAUGUGGACGUCACUGGAAACAUCCAGUUCUCCAUCAACUAUGUCCAGAAGCUCACAGAGUUCCACAUCUUUGUGGCGCAGUGCCAAGGACUGGCGGCUGUUGAUCCAAAAAGGGGCCGUUCCGACCCAUACGUGAAAAGUUAUCUUGUCCCGGACAAAGCCAGUCUCGGGAAGAGGAAGACUGCGGUGAAAAAGAAGACACUCAACCCGACGUUCAAUGAAAUCCUGAGGUAUCGGGUUCACAAGGAGUAUCUGAGGACCCAGACGCUCAUUCUUUCAGUGUGGCAUCAUGAUACGUUUGGCAAGAACAGCUUCCUGGGUGAGGUAGACCUGGACCUAUCUACCUGGGACUUCGACCACACCCAGAUGAACUACUUGGACCUCAGAGCCCGGAUGCCGUCCAGUGUGACGCCUUCUGACAACAGAGGCGAGAUGAGACUGGCAAUACGAUUUCUCCCACAAGUGACAACCAGUAAGGCUGUGAUGAUGCACGGCCCACCCACGGGUGAAAUACACAUAUGGGUGAAAGAGUGCAACAACCUUCCUCUGAUCCGAGCCACUAUGGAUCCUUAUGUUAAAUGCUUUGUGCUGCCGGACACAAGUCGGAAAGGCCGUCAGAAGACGCGGGUAUUGCGCAGAACGACAAAUCCGAUCUUUAACCACACAAUGGUCUACGACGGCAUCAAACAAGCAGACCUGACGGAAGCCUGUGUUGAACUGACAGUCUGGGACCGCGACAGGCUGGCUAGCAAUCUGCUUGGGGGCUUAAGACUAGGCCUUGGCACAGGCAGAAGCUAUGGUGUGGUGGUGAACUGGAUGGAUUCGAGUCUGUGUGAGCUGAGGCUGUGGGAGCGAAUGAUGGCUUCCCCCAAUGAGUGGGUGGAGGAGUUGCUCCCUUUAAGGAGGCUGACCUCCGCCAAAACAGCACUGAAAUGAGAAGCCGUUAUGCCUUGUUAAGAGAAGAUCUCCUCUAAGAUAAAGCCGGUUUAGAGAAUAAUACAGUUAUGGCAUUGACAUUUUUACAUUUAGGGCAUUUAGCAGACGCUUUUAUCAAAGUGCCUUGGCAGGGUAAACCGUGCAAGGUGACAGCCAGCUCGUCCAAAGUAGUCACAGUACAAUAACCCAUUCCAUAUGACAUAAUAUAAUUAUUUAAUUGUCUCUGAUUUAUUUUUUUGGAAUAUUUACCACAAGUGUAAGUAAAGAGUUUCAAUUAUAUAUACACACCUGUGAUUUAUUUUUACUGAGCAAAGACAAUGCAGUUUAUGUCAAUAGAAAAUGCUCAAGUGGCCCAAUUGUAGUCAUUGGGCUUAUUUCACGCUAAUAGAUAUAACACAGUAGAGGGUUGUGCAAAGUGAUCAAACGCUAUCAUCAAAUAAGAGCAAAAAACUUUAUUUGAUUGUCAUUGUUUGAAUCCCCAUCAAUGCAUUUUAAAACCUCAAUAAUAAAAAAUAUAGACCAUUUUUCUCACACACUAUACACCAGAUUUAUGUACUAUAUUUGUAUGUUAAUGAUUGUUUUCCGGUAUGCCUCCAAAACGGCCUACAUCUGUAUAGUACAACAACAAAAUAUUUAAUAAAAUCAUAUUAAUCUCC